UCAGCAUGAAGCUAUUCGUCCUUCACUCCGCCAUUCCUCCACCGGACCACAAGGCUUGCAUCCACGCAAAUUCUCUUUCCUAGAUCUACCUUGCUAAACUGUGCCCCGCCAAAGGUGCAGUUUCAUAAGCGAUCACAAGGUUCUCGAUUGACAUUUUGAAGAGAACAGCCAAUCAAGGGAGUCCCGAAAAAAUCGGAGUGUCACGGCACGCCAUGUCACCAAAAUGCCAGUGCGUGGCAGGGAAUCAGCAAGAGAUGAAAACAAGCUUCAAAGACCAAAAUGGGAACUUGUGAUGACAUCUGGAUCAACGACUAUAAACACUUUAGUAGGUGACACUUCAAGCUGUUCCGUUACUUCAAAAUGACAUCAUGCCUUCUAUGAGGGCGCUUUACUCACUACAUAAGCCAGCAAAGGUGGAAUGGAAUACACUGGGAGAAAACAGCCAUCCAGAACUCCGAGAUGCGUCGAAAGCAAAAAAGCAAUGAACGGGCAGUCCUUGGCAUGGCACCAUUUGGCUUCCAAACUAUAGAGCUCUUGCACCUUCCUUCUAAACAGGGGGGCUUGGAUAGGAAAGCUAUGUAUGGAACCCGGCGAGGGGGCAGGCUUAGGCACAGAAUAGGCGGACUUCGGGACUAUUAAUACCGGUAGGCACUGCAGGUGGCACCGGUACCGCAGCUUGUUUGUGUUCGGGUCGCUGGUACCGUACCUGGUACCGGUCGACAAGGAAAACGAAGCACAAGACAUCAAGCUGGCAGGUUGUUCAUCUACAAUGGGAAAUGAUACUGUAACAGAUUUGAAGCCUCCAGGCUUGUUCAAACUUCACACAGCAAGCACAACAGCUUGCUGUUGCUGUGGUCCCGAAGCAAAGGCGAAUAGUUCUUGUGCCGUAGCUAUAUGCAUAUCCCAACAUGAACUGUGCGAAUCGAAUCCCAUCACUCAGAGAAAUUUAAGAAGAGGUCAAUUGUGAUGUAUGCUUUACUGUAUCUAAUUGGCAGAUGAAGCCAAACAGAACAGCAAUGCACGACAGCAACGCAGGCAAGAAGCAAUGGCAGCAAUGCGGCUCAGGAUUCAGGAACAGUUGUCGUGGGCCUCAUUGAUUUCAGACAACCGGAACAGAAGAAACAAUCAAUACUGAGAGCAGCCAUUGAAAGCAAGAAACAGCAAAACCAUGAAUAGCCAACUGCGGGUUGCAGCCAACAUGCUGCAUAAGGCCAACGUCCUUAUUCUGGGCGGUGGUGGCCUCGUGGGAUCGGCCAUUGCCAAGCACCUGGGACGUCUCCCCACGUCCAUGAGGCCGUCUCGAGUCGUUGUGGCAGCGCUGACACAAGAACAAGCAAUUCGAACCGUCAAUGAGCUCCAAGACGACAUGCGAUUCCGAAAAGACGAUUACUGGCGUGACUCUGUCGCGCCGUCGUCUCCCACGAGCUUCCUUCCAGCAUGGGGUGAUAUCUUUGUUCGCACCGAAUUUGCCAACAUGUCUCCAUUGGAUAGAAAAGAAGAUCCGAGGAUUCGAGCCACCAUGUUGGAGGACAUGUUGGGAGACUUUCGUGCGUCUUACGAAGAAAACCAUUUGGUAUCGAUGGUACGGGAGCACAAACCAAACGUCAUUGUGGACUGUAUCAAUACGGCAACAGUUCUAAGCUAUCAAGAUGUAUUCACAGCAGCCACACGGUUGCGUCAAGCCAUGGCUGCCAAUAAUGCGGCUCAUGACGUCGAGGAACACUCCCUCUGUCCUACAUUCAAAGAUCCUACUUUGCUGUGCGAGGAGGCGGAACAGACCCUGCUUUCCUUGGGCACGCCGCAACUCAUCCGACACGUUCGAUGCCUCCAAGAAGUAGCAAAAGAACAGCAGCUUCAGGGAUACCUCAAGAUUGGCACGACGGGAACUGGAGGUAUGGGGUUUCAAAUCCCGUAUACGCACUCCGAGGACCGGCCGAGCCGUAUGCUGCUCUCCAAGUCGGCCACAGCUUUUGGGCACUCUGGUUUGCUUCUCUUGUGGUCCAUGACACCCGGUGCACCUUCUGUCAAAGAGCUCAAACCAGCAGCAGCGAUUGGAUACAAGAGCAUGGAUAUCCGCGAGGUUUCAGACAAGCAUGGCAACUCCAGCCUUUAUGGAGGGCAAUUCGUAUCCUUGCCACCGACAGAUGAUACCAACAGUAUUAAGUCGCAAACACUCUGUCUCCGAGAAGAUCCCGCCAUGUACAACAGACUGGGACCACUGAGAAUGGCUGUAGUUGACAUGGGCGAGAAUGGAGUGUUCACCCGGGAUGAGUUUCUCACAAUCACAGCACCCGGUCAAAUGGAGCUGAUCUCUCCGGAAGAAAUAUCGGAGAUGGCAAUAGAGGAGCUCCUUUCAAUCUCGACAGGAAACAACAUUCUUGGUGCAAUGCGAGGAACGUUGUUGGGCCCAGGAUACCACGCAGGGAUAAAUCGAAUGAUGGCUUGUGAACAACUCGAGCGGCUGUGUGAUACAACGGAUGUAGCGGCAGCCGGGAAGCCAGUUGCGGACAAACCAAGCGCAGCCUCGGUGGCUCUAGGCAAGCUUGGGCCGCCCGAAAUCUCCAAGCUCUUGUUCGAAGCCGGCAUACUAGCCAAUGAGCUUGGGACAUGGAAAAGGCUGCGAGACUGCGACAUGAACGCUUUGUCUAGAAAGCUGGAGCUUGAGGUGGGCAAGCUCGAACAUGCGACGCGGGCUUCGGAUCUCAGUACCACUGACAAUCUCAUCCAGACGGCCAUUUCCGUAGGGGUCCCUGUCUUGCUUCAAGACCUCCGUCUUCUACGUGGUCCGAAUAUUUCAAUCCCUGAGCCAAAAGGCAUGCGCAUGGAUGUACCCUUGCCGUCGUCCACUGAUGACUUGAACAAAGUUGCCAACAAGGGGUGGGUCGAUCUAAGAAUUUGCAACUUGGAACGCUGGAAGAGCCGGGCCAAGAUCAUCACCCAGCAACUGGAGCUUGGAGAGGACGAGAGCAAAUAUAAGCUGACACAAUUUCUCAAAGGAGACUGGAGCGUAUACAAAAGCACUAAAGGCUCUAGCAUUGACCCCUCAGCUGCUGUGGCUUGGAUUCUCGCGGUUGAGCUUGGCGGGCAUCGUGAUAUCGCCUAGAAUUACCGGUCGAACAGAUCCACCCCCGGAAUGCAAGUUUCUCCCUCGGGCCGACGAACGAUUGCGGUAAUGAAAGCAGAGCAGACAGCCUACAUCAGAGGCCACCUUUCAAAUUCUAUUAGUAAAGAGUAGCUAGAUGCGUCUUGCACUGACGUG